AUGGCCGACGACGGAAGUGGCCGCAGUGAAUCGCGACAGGUGUCCGUCAAGGACCUGAUACCGGAGAGUCGGUUAGCGGUCGUUGYCGGUGAUUUCUUCGUCUCAGAUCCAGUGGUUUACGAUGGCGAUGACGUGUACGAAGUGAAUCUGAUGCCCGACGCGGAUCAUGCCCACCGACAAGCCUGUAUCCGGUUCUCCGACAUGGAGGCAUGGAUGUUACCUGAUACCGAGUAUAUGUUUCUCAGAUGCAUUGCGGGCGCGGAAGCUAAUGAUGUUGAAAACUUUAUUGUGUAUGCAGCAAAAAACCAUUGGUUAGGUGGAAAAAAUAUAUCUUUGAAUUUAGACGUAGGCAAAACCAUAUUUAACAGGCAAACUAAAUUGGUGUUGCAUAAUUCCAGUAAGUUACAGAAAACUUUAGACUACCAUAUAAAAAAUGCAUCUCAGCCAUUAAAAAAAACUAAUUUUAUUCUUGAAGAUUGGCCUUACGUUAGUUUAAAUGAACCAUUAAUACUAAAAGGAACUGAUGAUGAACUUGCACCAUGGAUGAGAUCGCAAAAUCAAAAAGUAAAUACUUAG